GAUCCUGCGGGAGUAUUCUUUCCGGAUCUUCUCUUUCAUCUGAGAGUGCUUGAUUCCGUCUCCCUCGAAGAUUCCGAGGUACCUACAGGUGCCUUCCUGUUCUGGGUCCUGGAUGACGGUGUUGACGUCGAGCUCGAUGUUACUGGAGUCGGCUAGUCGCCCUCUCUUCAAGGUGGGCUAGGCACACUUGUCCAGUCCGAAAAAAAUAAUGUCGUCGAUUUGACGGUUCUCAGCAGGCUCGUUUUCUUGCCGUAAUUUUUUCGCGUAGCGGUCUUCAAGUCAUCCAUGUAGGAGAGGUGGCUGAUCUUUUCAUUGGGGUUGUUGUACCCGUAGCCGCUCUUGUUCAGAAGGGAGGUGACAGGGAGUCUCCCUAGUAGAUGCCACUUUUGAUUUCGAUAGGUCUGGAUGCCAUCAUGCCCUUGUCUUGGUUUAGGUGGAGGAUCAUCUUCCCCGACUUCAUGUUCUCCCGCAUAAAUCAGGUGACAGUGGGUCAGAUCUUGUACAGUUCGAGGCUCUAGACGAUCCAGGUGUGGGGCACACUAUUAUUAUUAUUAUUAUUAUUUUUAGGUUCAUAGAGCUACAGGUAGACUGUGAUACACUAUCUCAACGACUGGAAAACAGGGAUUUAGGUUGGCAUUUAUUUAUUGUUAAAUGAUUAUUGUUUAUUCAUUAUUUCAAGUCCUCCUGUGACUUCGCCAAUGGUCGCCAUCUUGGCUGCCAUCUUGGAUUUCGCGAAGAAAUUAUGAGGCCCCAUUAGGGGGGGUCUUAAUAUCCCGUAUCCCUGUAAAUUUUUGACCAAAUAUCCCGUAUCCCAUAAAUUCCGGUCACAAAUAUCCCGGAAAUUAAAGUAUCGGCCAUUUUUCAUAUAUUACUCGCUACGAUAUAUUUUAUAAUAUUCGUUCACUGGCAUUAAAACGUAAACUGGAAAAGUAUGGUUUUCGAGGAGCUUAUUGUGACAGUUGUUUAAACUGCUGUCAUUCAAGAUAUGGUAGACAUCAAGUGGAAAGUUAACAAAUGUUGCCACAAAAAUCACUUUUGUAUACCAGUCAAUAUAAUUAGCUCACCUGAUGCCCUUAAUUUCUGCAUAUCGCCUGAUAUCAAAGUCCUUUCUCAUUUUGUUCCUUUAUUAGUUAGUUGCCGUCCUGAGCAUUUGGUUAAUUCAUGUGUUCUGUGCAGUCCAGUUACACAAAUGGUACAACUUGUGUCAAACAACAGUUUAUCUUUGGUAUUAAUCAACCACAGAGACAUUAGUGUCAUUAGUAAGCGAGGAUAUUUGACUGUCAAUCGUAGAACAGGUAUAAUGAUUGAUCUCGGGGUCGCGGUGUUCGUCCAGACCGUGUGGUUCGCACUGUUGUCUCUGAGGGUCGCGCUUCAUGACGUAACGUUAUGA